CAGCCACAACCCAGGUUCGUAAGCCAGCACGCAUCGUAAAGCUGCUACUGGGUACCUCAUGUUAAAGAUGGCUUUGGCUUCAACACCGACCACUCGCCCGGAUGGACAACCGGAACAGGCCGUUGCGGUCGUCUGCAUCGGCAUGGCAGGCGCCGGCAAGACGACAUUUAUGCAACGGAUCAAUGCCCAUCUGCAUGCGAAGAAGGAACCGCCCUAUGUGGUCAAUCUCGAUCCCGCCGUUACGUACUCGCCGUAUCAGAGCAACAUCGACAUCCGCGACUCUGUCAACUACAAGAAGGUCAUGGAGGAAUACAACCUCGGGCCCAACGGAGGCAUCAUGACCUCGCUCAAUCUGUUCACGACCAAGGUUGACCAGGUCAUUGGCCUUCUCGAAAAGAGAGCAGCGCCGGAUCCGGAGAACCCGAACCGAAAACCCGUCAAGCACAUCCUGGUUGACACGCCAGGGCAAAUCGAAGCCUUCGUGUGGUCCGCAUCUGGGAGCAUUCUGCUCGACUCCAUCGCCUCAUCUUUCCCGACAGUCCUCGCCUACAUCGUCGAUACCCCGCGUGCUAGCUCCACGUCGACCUUCAUGAGCAACAUGCUGUACGCUUGCAGCAUCCUCUACAAGACUAAGCUCCCAAUGAUCGUCGUCUUCAACAAGACAGAUGUGAAGGAUGCGUCCUUUGCCAAGGAGUGGAUGACCGACUACGAAGCGUUCCAGCAGGCGCUGGACAACGAUCAGAGGGGCAACGCUUUCGGCGGGGAGGAGGGCUCCGGCUCUGGGAGCGGAUACAUGGGUAGCUUGCUAAACAGCAUGAGUCUCAUGCUGGAAGAGUUCUACUGCCAUCUCAACGUAGUCAGCGUCAGCUCGUUGAACGGCACCGGGAUCGACGAGUUUUUUGAGGCCGUCAAGGAGAAGGCGGACGAGUUCAGGCGGGAUUACCAGCCCGAGCUAGAUCGGUUGCGCGCGGAGAAAGAAGAAAACAAGAGGAAGCAGAGGGAGAAAGAGCUGGAGAAGAUGAUGAAGGGCAUGUCGAUGGGUGACGCUCCUUCGUCUAGUGCGGUUGGUGAUAUCAAGGCGGAUGAUGACGAGAUGGAGCCGCUGAGCUCGGACGAGGACAGUGAUGAGAUCGACGACGAGCAGGAUGCGGAGGGUCUGCAGGCAAGGUACGAGGCGGCGAUGUUGCACCAAGAAAACUCAGUUACUGCCGACGCUAGUUUUGCCAAGUACCUGCACUCACAACGUGGGCAAUAACGGGCGGUAUCUAAACACGGUGAAAAAAACGUUACGAUCGGGGUCAUGUAUUGGAGGGAUGGGUCACUCGGGGCAUCAGCAUCAGUCGGCGUUUGGAUGAUACCAUUUGUAGGUAGACAAAGGUUUACAGCGAACCGAACAAAAGUGUAUUUCCGUCAUGGAACUUUCCCAAAUAUCGUAUCCCAAAACGCCAUUAUCGUGACCCCAUGCAAAUGCCUCCCAGUUUGCUGGCGAACUGUUCAGACCGUCUCCCUCUCUCCGAUGUUGGUCCGAGGGCCCCAAAACCGCCUGUAGAGUAUCCCCCAAUCGCCCACUCAGCUCAUUAUCGUGCUUCAAACUGUACCAUCCUCUUUGUCCUCUCCUUGUACAGCACACGGGCGCCGCACUUCUGGCAACGAAUCGCCGCGCCCUUCUCUAGCGGUACUCGUACUGCGCAGUCACCGCAGAUGUAGUACAUGGUGCCACCGCCCUCGGCGGCGUAGUCGCGUGGCGCAGGAGCGCCGAAGGAGCCGGUGCCGAUGCCUGGCGCGCCGGAGACCGUGGGGACUUGGUACUCUUCGCGAGACAUUAUGUUUGCAGGAGACGGAUCGUGAAAGGGUAUUCAGCGCUGAUGUACUCGGGCAAGUGGGUGUGAUGGGUUGAUGGCCGACGACGGAUGGACAGAACUCGAACAGGAGGUUGCAGGUUCGAGGUGCU